UUUGAGUGUCGCUACCUGAAAGCCAACCACAGGUUAACCACCGUAAUUUCCGGGUUCUCUUUGCCACCAGGUCUGCACACAGUGGCAGGCAAAGAAAGGACGUGGCAAUCUCUCCCAUUUGAUGCUCGGAGCCACAACAGACUUAUCUGGCUGCCUUCCUACGGGUGAUAAAUCAGACCACGAGCAGUUGGUCCUUCGACUUUGCUCUCUUAUCUGCAGUAAAGCUGGGGGAAGGCCUGCCCCAAAAAACAGCCACGCGAGCCUGGCUGCUUGUACAACCAGAUGUCUGCCUUUUAGUCAUCGUUAUCCUCCGGGAAAGAUUAACUCCCAACUGCAAGGAGAACCGUCUUUGCUGCCCGGGCAGGCGGCACGGCGCUCACCCACAGCCACGGGGUGCUCGUGGGGCAGCAGCACCGGAGCCUUCCGUGUUUGCUUUCCGGGCGUGGGUGCCAAGUGGGGCAGACUGGAAAGAUGAGUAAUGCCACCCGGGCCGUGCCCUCUCCCACGCCACCCGGCUCCCCAGGGCCCAGCACGGUGACCAGGCUGGCCUCGGCCACCCCUUCCCCAGCCCUCGCCAUGCUGAUGACCGCCCACAACGACUCCCAGGACGGCCAGCAGCUCUUCCUGACCACCACGGCAGCACAGGUCAUCUCCGGCAUCUUCGUCUGGUCGGCGCUCAUCAUCACCUUCCACCAGAUCUACACGCACCUGCGGAACUACACCGUCCCCAAGGAGCAGCGCUACAUCAUCCGCAUCCUCUUCAUCGUGCCCAUCUAUGCCUUCGACUCCUGGCUCAGCCUCCUCCUCCUCGGCAGCCACCAGUACUACGUCUACUUCGACUCGGUGCGCGACUGCUACGAAGCUUUCGUGAUUUACAGCUUCCUAAGCCUGUGCUUUGAGUACCUCGGUGGGGAGAGCACCAUCAUGACGGAGAUCCGAGGGAAGCCCAUUGCGUCCAGCUGCUUCUACGGGACCUGCUGCCUUCAGGGCAUGUCCUACUCCAUCGGGUUCCUGCGCUUCUGCAAGCAGGCCACGCUGCAGUUCUGCAUUGUGAAACCUCUCAUGGCCAUCGUCACCAUCAUCCUGCAGGCGUUCGGGAAGUACCACGACGGGGACUUCAAUGUCCGAAGCGGCUACCUCUACAUCACCAUCAUCUACAACUUCUCCGUCAGCCUGGCGCUUUACGCCCUCUUCCUCUUCUACUUCGCCACCAUGGACCUGCUGCGCCCGUUUGAGCCAGUGCUCAAGUUCAUCACCAUCAAGGCCGUCAUCUUCCUCUCCUUCUGGCAAGGGACGCUGCUGGCAAUCCUGGAGAAAUGCGGGGUGAUCCCCGAAGUUCAGAUCAUAGACGGGAAGGAGGUGGGAGCUGGGACAGUGGCUGCUGGCUACCAGAACUUCAUCAUCUGCAUUGAGAUGCUCUUUGCUUCCAUUGCCCUGCGCUACGCGUUUACCUGCCAGGUGUACAGGGAGAAGAAAGAAAACACAACAGCAAACCUCGCCCCGAUGCAGAGCAUCUCGAGCGGGCUGAAGGAGACCAUGAGCCCCCAGGACAUCGUGCAGGAUGCCAUCCACAACUUCUCGCCCACGUACCAGCAGUACACCCAGCAGUCCAUGCAGGAGGCAGAGCACAAAGCACCAGGCGAGAACGGGCACGUGGCCUCCAAGGCGGAAGGAACAAGCGGCAGAAAGAGCAAAAACAUCGAGAAGAGAGUUCUGAUCCUGUCAGACGAGGAGCUGUAGGAGAAGUCAGAGGGGAUAGUGACACCGGAGAGGCUUAAACCCAUGGAAGGGGGACUGUCUGAAGGCUGAGACAACCUGGUCUAAUCGGAGUGCUGAGAGGAGGAGAGGGAAGCCAGGAACUCUACUCAAAGGGCAGUCCCUUGAAGGGAAUAUGCAAUAACCCAGGGAAAGGUUAAAUCAAACAGUGCCAGCUCCUGCCGUCCUGUCUCUGCUGGUGUUAGGGACCGGGCUCUUUGCUCUGUGGCCGAGCAGCCAUGUGCUGAGCUCAGUGCUUUGCUGCCAGGGUUUGGGUGCCAGCCCCGUGCCUGUACCCUGGCUGGGGUCCCCAGCGACCCGGGCACCCCGCCUGUGCCAUUGGACGGACUGGCUGCCCUCACCCUCCUCCCAUCUGCAAGCAGCGCCCAGGCCUGAGAGAAAUGCUUUUCUCAGCACGGUUCUGCUCUAGUUUCGCCUGAUUUGGGUAAAAACAUGAUCUCAAGGGCCCCGUGGAGAAAAGCAGAGCAGGAAGGUGACUUCACUUCACCUCAAAACCCGGUAAUGUCUGAAAGACAUCAUGCCUUAUUUUUACAUGUUUUCCUCUCUCCUCCCCCCCAGAAAGCCUAUGGAGUCACGCAGGAGACCUUUACAGGGGAGGAAAAGUAACUCAUCCUCCUCUCCCUCCAGAUGGGGAUGCAGCUGCCUGAGCAAGUCCCCCGGGAGCAGCAGUGGGACCUCACUCGGACUUCACCACGAGGUCUCGCAGCUGCGUUUCUGAGAGCUGCUGGUGACAGAGGCACUUGUUUAUGUUUAAACCGACUUAUCUCUAAGGGGAUCAGCAGUUAAAAGGGAUUCCAGCUUCCUUAUCAGAGGCAUUAUUAGGGAACCAGACUGUGACUGGUGGUGGUAGGAAUGCACUGACUGGGAACUGUCUGUUCCUCCUAACCCCUCUAUUCCAUAUCCCUACCCCUGCUUGCAGGAAACAAGUGCUGCGGCCAGGCUGGACCAGACACUGGAUGCCGGGGGACCUGGGGAGCUCAGCAGGGUGAGGGCUACGUGAGCCAUUUCCCAGAUCUGACAAACUCAUUGCACCCUUGUCAAGCUGCAGAGAGGCACGCGGGGCUGAGCCCAGCCAGGGUGGCGGUGGCAGGGUUGCGCUCGGGGCAGGAGUGCUCACAGGGAGGAUUUUCUCUGUAUCCAUGAUGGAGAGCGUGCCUCCUUCUGUUAAACUUCCUCUCUGAUUUUAUUUUUUCCAAUUUCUGUUCCCUUGCUGUUCAUCAGAUGGUCCCUGGGAACUUAUUUGGGCUGUUGUUUGGGGUGGGAGCUGAGUAGUGGAAGGACAGGGGCAAAUCUGGAGCUUUCGAUUUGCACGGCAAACAAACCUCUGGGUAAGGCUUAUAGCCAUUUUAGAGCUCCUAGUGUUUUGUUGUUGUUGUUGUUGUUUUUUUUCCACCUGCUCCUGAGCUGCAAAAUGUAAAUUGCAGGAUGAAAUUAUUUUAUUUAUGAUUUUUUUCUAAUAAACAGCAAUUUCUACCAUGGAUUGAACAAGUGUUUUUCACUUAGGUCAGCGAGCAAAGCCCAAACUCUGCCCAUUCCUGCUCUAAUGCUGAUGUUCUCAAGCUCCGCAUCUUCCCUGCCCCUCGAUGCUGGCCCAGCAGAAAUACCUGCACACGCAGCAUCCUCCACACUCUGGCAUUCCCGCAGGGUUUGUGCUCAUCUUUUUCACUCCACAAGCGGUGUGUGCCCCCCUGCUUGCGCUGCACCUCUUCCAAGCCUCUCCUAAGCUGCAGAUGCAGCAGUUCAGAGCUGCCGAGUCCUCAUCCGCUGAGCCAAGCCCAGGCUUCGGCAGCAACAGCGUAAAAUCUAUUUAUUAUUAUCAGAGAAAAUCUUAUCGUGCUGGAAGCCUGGAGUCAACAUGAGCAGGCUACAGCUGAGCCAGUCUUGCAAGUCCUCUGCUCUGGAGCUCCGCUGCUCGUACCUGCCCAGCCGGUGAGACCGCUGCCACGUUUGGUGUCACCAGGUCUGUAAACAAGGGCCACGUGCUUGACACAUCCAGGUGCCGGAGCAGGACCCCGCUGCCUAUGAAGAGCAGCGUCGACAAGGCUGCCUGGCUCUGUCGCGUAGCCGUCACCAAAGCAGGACUAUCUCUCAGCAAACAUCUUGGUCUGCGCUGCCCCUCCGGGAUGGAGCCUGCUGCAGCUGCAGAACAGAGGCUGCUUCACCUCCCGGGGCGAGGACAGACUGCAGAGGUGACGAUGGGGCAUCUGCCAGCGGGCUCGCAGCCACUGAGAUACAGACUCGCACAAGAACACAGCGAGGAGCGUAGUUGUACUUCAUUGCACAAAUGAUCGACUCCAGCACAUAAUGGGCUGCAUUCAUUGCUUUUGCCAGCAGGUGUAAUUCCCACUGCAGACGGUAACAAUUGCCUAUUUAUGUCAAGCCCUGAUUACUGUA